UCCCCGCGCGCAGGUCCGCGGGGAGGGGCGGCCUGCCAACGGGCACCCCGGGGCGUUCCUGAAGGACGCCCUCGGCCGCCCCCAGUGCCCCCCAGAUGUACUAUGCGGUUUCCCAGGCGCGCGUGAACGCGGCCCCCGGGACCAUGCUGCGGCCACAGCGGCCCGGCGACUUGCAGCUCGGGGCCUCCCUCUACGAGCUGGUGGGCUACCGGCAGCCGCCCUCCUCCUCUUCUUCCUCCUCCUCCACUUCCUCCUCCUCCACGACGGUCCCCCUCCUCCCCAAGGCUGCUCGCGAGAAGCCGGAGGCGCCAGCCGAGCUGCCAGGCGCGGGGCCCGGAUCGGGCGCGCACGCGGGCGGCAGCGCCCGGGCGGACGCCAAGGAGGAGCAGCAGCAGCAGCUGCGGCGCAAGAUCAACAGCCGCGAGCGGAAGCGCAUGCAGGACCUGAACCUGGCCAUGGACGCGCUGCGCGAGGUCAUCCUGCCCUACUCAGCGGCGCACUGCCAGGGCGCGCCGGGCCGCAAGCUCUCCAAGAUCGCCACGCUGCUGCUCGCCCGCAACUACAUCCUGCUGCUGGGCAGCUCGCUGCAGGAGCUGCGCCGCGCGCUGGGCGAGGGCGCAGGACCCGCCGCGCCGCGUCUGCUGCUGGCCGGCCUGCCCCUGCUCGCCGCCGCUCCCGGCUCCGUGCUGCUGGCGCCCGGCGCCGUGGGACCCCCGGACGCGCUGCGCCCCGCCAAGUACUUGUCGCUGGCGCUCGACGAGCCGCCGUGCGGCCAGUUCGCGCUCCCCGGCGGCGGCGCGGGCGGCCCUGGCCUGUGCACCUGCGCCGUGUGCAAGUUCCCGCACCUGCUCCCCGCCGGCCUGGGCCUGGCCGCCGUGCAGGCGCAGUUCUCCAAGUGAGGGCCUGCCGGGCCGGGGCGCGACCUCGGCCCGGGCUCCCGCCGCCCAGCUUCUCCGCGCCCCUGCGCCCUGCGUCCAGGGAGAGCGGGGCCGAAAAAGGAGGGCAUUGCGAACCUUCUGGUCCAGAGGAAGGGACUGUGGGGCGCCCCCUUCCCUGCCCCCACUCCCGGAAAGUUAAAGUGACCCGAGCGGAUGUUCGAUGCCGCUCUGGGGCUAUUUGGGGUUCUGGGUCGAUUCCAGCUGCUUUGGGGCAGAAAGUGAGCGACCCCCUUACUCUCACCCGGUGCGUCUCUCUCCCUAUCCCUGGAGUCGCGCGCUUCGUGGGGCUGGUGUGGAUUUUAGGGCUCCGUGCGGUGGGUUUGAUUCGCCCUAGGUGUGGAGAGAGACCAGCCCCGAGGGCGACCUCCUGGGACCCGAGCACGUCCGCUGCCAGGCCGAGGGAUCGCGCUUGAAUGGCGGCGGGGGCGACGGGGUGGUUCUUUCCCUGUCCCCAGCGGGAGGCCACAGGCGCCCUCGUUCCCGCCGGCCAAGCCCUGCCAGAGGAGGCUGCCGGACCUCAAGAGGCUGAGAAAGACCAGUUAGUCGGUGCACACCGUCCGGGACGUGGCAGGCAGAUGGACCCUCGGCAGCCAAACGGUUGGGGUGGCGGUGCAGUGGGUGGGGACGAUGACAACGGCAGGGUCGUUGGGCGUGGUGGGUUGGGAAGUCGGUCCGCUUUUGGUGACCCGCUGUUUAGAGCGCUAUAUUUGAGACUCGCGUGAUCUGGCGUUUUGUAACGGAGAAUAUUCACUCAAAUCCUGGGGUCUUCUUAGAAAUGCAACUUAGAACUCGAGAUUCACCUUUUCGUCUCCCUUUCCCCAAGGUCGCAUAACCAACAUUUGAGCUUGCUUAAAACAAAACCCAACCACCUUUCACGACAACGGUGUUCCCGAUUUACUAAAAUAGGUAACAAGGCAUUCGCAGUCGCCUGUCCAGUCAAGAUCGCUAAUUAACGUUCACAUUAAAAGGCAUGAAGGAGGACGUGGAGCCCUAAACCGCCAGCAGCUCAGCGCAUCCAGCUGCGGUGGCGACGGCGGGGACCGCGCAGUUCCUUAGCGCGAAGCGUCCUUUAACCAGCGCUGCGCAGGUCUAGCUUCUCUCGGCUUUGCAGUUGAAGAACCACAUAGGUGGCCGGUUUUGAUUUGUGACAGGCGUUAACAAAUUACGUUACCCAAGAUUAUAUUAUGAUAUUUCAGCAGCUUGCUUUGAUUUUUAUGUUUAAGGUUUUUGGUUGUUGGUAGUAGCCGAAUUUAACUGGCAUUUUAUUUUAUCUCUAACUUUGUUUCCUUGCAUUGUACAGAAUCAACAAAAUAAAACAUUUAAAGUCUGAUUUUU